AUGGAAAUCAAGGACAGUUCCCCGGUUAUGGAAAUCAAGGACAGUUUCCCGGUAAUGGAAAUCAAGGACAGUUUUCCGGUUAUGGAAAUCAAGGACAGUUUCCAGCCAAUAGAUAUCAAGGGCAAUUCACUGCCAGCAGAAAUCAAAUGUAACUUUCUGGCAACUGGAUACAGUAACCCGAGAGGAAAAAAGAACAAUUUAAGGGACAGAAGUAAUGAGAAGAAACACUUUGCCACAUUUAGUGCUGAAAAUUCGCUGCGGUCUGUAACCAACCGUGUUUUUUAG